AUGUUUAAACCGGCAACCAGAAAGCCGGUAGUGGGAUGUAUUCUGCGAGUGGUGUUCAAAAACAACCUCCAUGGGUCGUUGGUCUUGAACGAGCCAAAACUUAAUUCGGUUCCGAUCGAUAAAACCAGAAACAUAGGAAUCAUUGCUCACAUCGAUGCUGGAAAAACUACUACCACCGAGCGCAUGCUCUUCUACAGUGGAAAAACUCAAAGAAUUGGAAACGUCGACGAAGGUGAUACUGUCACCGACUACCUCCCCUCGGAACGAGAACGUGGAAUCACCAUUCAACUGGCAGCCAUCUCAAUUCCAUGGAACAAUCAUAAAAUUAACAUCAUCGACACACCAGGACAUGCUGAUUUUACAUUUGAGGUAACCAGAUCACUUCGUGUUCUUGAUGGAGCUGUCACUAUUUUGGAUGCCGUGGCUGGUGUAGAAGCACAGACCGAAAAGGUGUGGAAACAGGCUGGUAGUUUAGGUAUUCCCAGAAUCGCCUAUGUCAACAAGAUGGAUAGACCAGGAGCUGGUUUCAGUCGAACAGUUAAAGAGAUUGUAUCAAAACUUCAAACCAGAGCCGUCUGUGUCAAUCUUCCAUACUUCAAGCAGACUGGCAACUCGGACCCGGUUUUCACUGGAGUGCUCGACGUAAUCUACGGUAAGCUCUUGGUGUGGGAUCCCAUGACCGACUCCAGUGGGAAAUCCGUUCGUGCAAUUGACUUGGAUCCUCAAAAUCCUGAUUUGGCUCCAUUGUUUGACGUGGUGGCCAAGAGUAGAGAAUCUAUGGUGGAGACCCUUGGUGAAUUCGACGAAAAGGUGAUCGAAUCUUUCUUUGAACACGAAGACUAUAUGAAAGUUCCUUCUGCUAUCCUUCAGGAAGCCAUUAGGAACGCCACCAUUAACAACCAAGUAACUCCUGUGUUGUGUGGAUCAAGUUUUAGAAACAUCGGCGUCCAGCCUCUUAUGGAUGCUGUUGUCAGCUACUUGCCAUCACCUUUGCAAACUUCACUUCCCGAAAUAACGUCUUCAUCUUCGAAAAGAGUGGGUAAGAAAAAGAAGAGAAGCACUGUCUCAGAAUCGAUUGAAGUGCCAGUGGAAAUGGACAAAAACAAAGGCUUGAUCAUCAACAAAAAUGGCAACUUGACCGUUGGUCUUGCCUUUAAGGUUACCACCCAUCCAGCACGGGGUGUCAUGACAUUUUUCCGUGUGUACAGUGGAAAGUUGGCCUCCAACUCUACGGUGAUGAACACAAGAACUGGAAAGAAGAUCCACUUGAGAAAACUCAUGCUUAUGCACGGAGACGCUCCUGAAGAAGUUCUGACCAUUUCAGCAGGUAACAUUGGUGUGGUUGCAGGAACCGAUGACGAUAUAGUUACUGGAGACACGUUUGUUUCUCAGGGGGUAACGCACUCCAAGUCAUUCAACGAGACAGAGAAAAACCUCACAUUGCUACCAAUUGUUAUUCCUCCGCCGCUUUUUAAUUCAGGUAUUGAACCUGCAACUGCUGGAGACGAACGGUAUAUGAACGAAUGUAUCAAGACACUUUUGCGUGAAGAUCCCUCAUUGCAAGUUCAUAUGGACGAAGAUUUGGGACAAACCGUGUUGAGUGGAAUGGGAGAGUUACAUCUAGAGAUUAUUAGGGACAGAUUGGUCAACGAUAUGAAGGCCAAGGUUCGACUUCGUGAUGUUGCUGUCUCGUAUAAGGAAACAGUAUCCAAACCAGAUGGAAGCAUUGUCACCGUCACAUCGGCAGAGAAUCCUGAUGUGUCUGUUUCCGUUACUCUCGACUCCUUUGAAGGCGAAGCAGGGGAAUCGGCGUUCGCUGAAGAGGAUGGAGCAGUACUUUUAGAUCUGGACAACAACAUCAUCAUUUUGGAUUCCAACGCUACUCCAGAACAUAUGAUUAAAGCUGUGGAAGAAAGAAGGUGGAAAGCAGAGCAGUCGUUGGAAGAGCUUCAAGAUACACUUAUUCAGGGCUGUGCAACUGGGCUCCACAUUGGGGGACCCAUGUUUGGACUCCCUCUCCAUUCGUGUGUGAUCAGAAUUACGAAGUGGAACUUCCCUGUGGAAGACAAGAGCGUUGCUCCAGCAGCACUUCUUGAUGUUGGAAGAAGAGCAAUUACUAAGGCUGUUGGAGCACUAGAUGAGAAACCAGGAGAAAAUUUCUGUGUUUUGGAGCCACUUAUGAAUACCAGUGUUUAUGUGGAUUCAGAUGUGUUGGGAGAAGUGGUUCAUGACUUGAACAACCGAUGCCAGGCCACCAUUUUGUCUAUUGAUGACGAGGCCUCCGACUCGUUGGACACUCAGAGUUGGGCCCAGGACGAGGCCGAGAAAAUUUUCUUGCCAGACGACUACACCAUGAAAAACAUGGACCGAGAGAUCAAGAACAAAAAAACGGUUGUGGCUGAGACCCCGUUGAAAGAAAUGAUCGGAUAUCUUUCACGGUUGAGGUCGAUUACACAAGGAAGAGGCAUGUUUGACAUGCAAUACCAGGGCAUGAGACGGGCCGUGAAGGCCAGGCUCUCGUCAAUUAAGAACGAGUUUACGUUUUUAUAA